ACCUCUAAAACCCUAACACCCGCAUUUUUAUUCUCUAAACCCUCAACGCUCACUCCGCUAUCUCCCUGCUACCAACACAACAAGAAAAUGUCUUUCACUGCAAUUCUCCGCAAAUCGGCUUCGUCUGUAGCUCCACUAGCGAGUCGAAUCGUUCGAGUCGGCCAGAGAGAUUACCACCCUGCCCUCUUCUCCGCCCUGAAACACCAAGUCAAUCUCCCUUGCAAAAAUCCCUCUCUUGUCGUUCCAUUUCUGCAACGCUUUUGCUCUACGGUUACUGAAACUCAGAGCCCCAGUUCGAACGAGUCGCUUCUUCGAGCUCUCGAAUCGGAGAUCAAGGUUUCCCAGGAAACCGUUGGCCAUGAUGGUGUCGAAGAGUUUCCAAAGGACUAUCCUUUCAAGAUUGAUGACAAUGCUGGGCAGCAAACUGUGAUACUGACAAGAGAAUAUGAAGGUGAACUCGUGAGAGUUGAAGUUCACAUGCCUGAUGUUGUUACUGGGGAGGAUAAUGAUGUUGAUGAUGGCAGUGAUGAUAAUCAGCGGCCUGUGCAAUCUAGUAUCCCAUUAGUUGUUACAGUCUCUAAAAAGUGUGGAACUUGUCUAGAGUUUAACUGUGUUGCUUAUGCUGAUGAGAUAAAAAUCGACAGCAUGUCAAUUAUAGGUCCUGAGACUUCUGAGGAUCAAAUGGCUUAUGAUGGACCUAACUUCCAUGAUUUUGAUGAGAAACUGAAGAAAGGUUUUCACAAGUAUUUGGAGAUCAGAGGAAUAAAGGCCAGCACUACCAAUUUCUUACACGAGUACAUGAUCAACAAGGACAGUCGAGAAUACAUGGGAUGGUUGAGCAACCUUAAGCAGUUCAUAGAGGCAUGAAUUGAAAAAGAACUAGUUAUCCUACGAAAGUUACUGUACACGGAGACUCAUAAUACGAUUCAUUCUGAUAGCAUAAUACUGUAAUGAUGAAAUUAUCCAUGAAAUAUAAAAUAUUUUAACUAGGCA